AUGCGUGCCGUUGUGCGGUACGGUGAGGUGUCCUUUCUAGUUGAGGCUGUUUCUUAUCGUGAUUUAUGUAUGGAGAUUACAGAUUCACUUUCCCCUAUUCUUCCAUCCCUCACACCGCAGUUUAUUUGCCUUCGUCUCUUACUAUUAAUAUCGCCGGAUAAUAAGAGUAUUGUAGAUUAUACAAGCAAUGUAAAGAACGAUACAACUCUUAUGGAUAUGUGGAUCUUUUCAGAGGAUUCCUUUGCAAAGGUGCAGCAGCUCAGUGAGGAACACCACCCACAUCUCACAGUAGUUCUUGGUCUAGAUGCAUACAUGUCACUCCGACUUCCACAGCAGGUAUUGUAG